AUGGGUCGGUCCGAGAGCUUCAUGCGCACGCCGGGCCACACCGGCGUGGUCACCUAUCGCUCCGACGUGAUUGCCUUCGGCACCGCGAAGGUAUCCGAGGCGGCGACGACCGCGCGGAGGGACGUGCGCGCCACCUACAAGGGACCCGAUCCCCUGGGUCUGAGGGGCAGUAAGUGGAACAAAAGCGUAACCCCGGACUACGGCACCUACAAUCGCCACCUGCAGCAACACACGACGCGCAACCUGCUGGAUACCGCCGUGGGCACCGUCGCGCCGUGUGCCAGCCAGCGGAGGGACCUCGACGACGCCCUCCUGAAGACGGGAUACUCCACGUCCAUCGCGUUUGCGAAGGUUUCGACAUCCGGCUCGUGGGAGCCGUCGACCAAGGCCACCGCCAAGGAGAUGGGCGAGAGCUUGAGGCGGACGGGGUUGGCGGCGAGGGCAAACAGCGAAGAGGCGAACCGCGAGAUGACGCGACGGAAGGAGUACAAAACCCCGUGGAAGAUCGAGGAGGAGAGGAUGGCGGCCAUGAGGGAGGCCAAGAGAAAGGGGCACUGGCCGAAGCCGCCGCCGCCCAUCGAGCUCGCGCCGGGGACGAGGAGGGCCAAGACCAGGAGGGCGGACCUGCAGGCGGUGCUCGAGCUGGACGAUUUCGUGCCGCCCCCGAGCAGGGCGCCAACGCCGGACUGGUGAUGA